CUUCCGGCGCCGCGGCGGAAGCGGCGGGGCCGCCUAAGAUGGCGGCGGCGUGAGUUGCAUGUUGUGGGGCCGCCGGGAGGAGCCGCCGCCGCCCCCUCCCCGUCCCGCCAUGGCGGUGACCGUGACGCUCAAGACGCUGCAGCAGCAAACCUUCAAGAUCCGCAUGGAGCCGCACGAGACGGUGCGGGCGCUGAAGGAGAAAAUCGAGGCGGAGAAAGGCAGCGACGCCUUCCCCGUGGCCGGGCAGAAACUCAUCUACGCCGGGAAAAUCCUGAGCGACGACGUCCCCAUCCGGGAGUACCGCAUCGACGAGAAAAACUUCGUGGUGGUCAUGGUGACCAAGGUGGAACCUCCUCGGGAGGGGGUCCUGAGGGUCCCAGAGGCCGUGGGGGGAGCCCUGAGGGGGCCUUGGGGGGAUCUGGGGAAUCCUGAGGGGUCCUUGGGGAGUCUGGGGAACCCUGAAGGGUCUGGAGGGUUUAUUGAGGGUCUCAGGGGCGGGCUGGGGGGUCUCUCCCAGCUGAUUUGGGGCGGGGGUCCCGCAGUGACGGGCUCGGAGUACGAGACGAUGCUGUCGGAGAUCGUGUCCAUGGGCUACGAGCGGGAGCGCGUGGUGGCCGCGCUGAGGGCCAGCUACAACAACCCUCACCGCGCCGUGGAGUACCUGCUGACGGGCAUCCCCGGCAGCCCCGAGCCCGAGCGCCCGCCCGUGCAGGAGUCCCGCCCCCCGGAGCAGCCCCCGCCCGAAGCCGCAGGUGAGAACCCGCUGGAAUUCCUGCGGGAACAGCCGCAAUUCCAGAACAUGCGGCAGGUGAUCCAACAAAACCCGGCUCUGCUGCCGGCCCUGCUCCAGCAGCUGGGCCAGGAGAACCCGCAGCUGCUCCAGCUGAAGGCGCUGGGCUUUCCCGAGAGCCUGGUGAUCCAGGCUUACUUCGCCUGCGAGAAGAACGAGAACCUGGCGGCCAAUUUCCUGCUCAGCCAGAACUUCGAUGACGACUGAGAGAGACCCCCCCCCUCCCCGCUUUUAGGGGGGAGGGUCCUCCCGCCUCUUUUUGGGGUGGGGGGAGGGGUGAGGAG